GAACAAAGGCGAAGAGAAGCGAACCCUAGCCACUAGCUGGUUAAGGUUAAAGUUAAGCUAAGGUAGAUUUGACCAGGAAGACUCGACAAUUGGGCACCGUCAAGCUCCAAUUUUACAUCGCAUAGGGCCAAGCAGAUGCUGAUUGAUUCUCAUCGACACUGCUCCAUUCCUCUCAACAUCUCAAUUCUUCGUAAAAUAAUUCUAUUAUUUGUUUUCCGCUAGUGGAAAUGAGUGGUCGUUUCUCUCGCACAAUCUAUGUUGGCAACCUGCCCUCUGAUAUAAGAGAAUGGGAGGUUGAAGAUCGUUUCUUCAAGUACGGUCGCAUUUUGGAUAUUGAAUUGAAGAUUCCGCAGCGCCCUCCAUGUUAUUCUUUUGUCGAGUUUGAGGAUCCCCGAGAUGCUGAAGAUGCAAUCAGAGGUCGAGAUGGUUAUAACUUUGACGGUUGUCGUUUGAGGGUUGAGCUGGCACAUAGUGGUAGAGGACAAUCCUCAAGUGACCGUCGUGGUGGGUAUGGUGGUGGUGCAGCUAAGUUCGGGGCAUCACGUCACUCUGAAUUUCGAGUUAUUGUCCGUGGGCUCCCUUCUUCUGCUUCGUGGCAAGAUUUGAAGGAUCACAUGCGAAAAGCUGGUGAUGUGUGUUUUGCGGAAAUUUCACGUGACAGUGAUGGAACUUUUGGUAUUGUUGAUUUUACCAAUUAUGAUGACAUGAAAUAUGCUAUUCGUAAACUUGACGAUACGGAGUUUAGAAAUCCUUGGGCAAGAGCUUAUAUUCGGGUGAAGAAACAUGAUAGAAGCCCCUCCAGGAGUAGAAGUCGAAGUCGCAGCAGAAGCCGCAGUGUUAGAAGAGACCGGAGUAAAUCACGGGAAAGUUCUCCAUCCAAAUCACCAGUGAAAUCCCGAUCUGCCUCUCCUGUCAAGUCACACAGAGCAAGAUCGAGGUCAAGGUAAAGGUCGGGAUCAGCGGUCAAGGCUCGAUCGGUUAGCCAUUGAUGUCGACACCA